GGGGGGGGGAAGAGGAGGGCCAUUGUCUCUUAGAAAUUUGGGAAGGUUUGGAAAGGCCCGGGCCCUCCCACCGCUAUUGUUGAAGUGAAGAUGUAGCGAGCCUUUCUCUCCCCUCCUCGUUUUGGAAGCUUCCUCCUCCAACCCUUCCCACCCCCCUCUUUUUUGGGGGGGGCCUGGAACUGCUGAGACACCCUCUUCCCAGGCUGGCGGAGAGGAGAGGAGAGGAGGGCAGGCCGCCGUUGCAAGCAGAGGUGCAGGAUGGGCUCGGUUUCCAACCAGCAGUUUGAAGGGGGCUGCGCGCAAGGGAGCGAGGAAGAGCCCACGGGCGACUCUCCGCGGGCCGACGAGGCGGGCCAGCCGCUGCUGCGCGGCGCCGGCAUCUGCAAGUGGUUCAACGUGCGGAUGGGCUUCGGCUUCCUCUCCAUGACCGCCAAGGAGGGCGUCGCGCUCGACUCCCCCGUCGACGUCUUCGUGCACCAGAGCAAGCUGCACAUGGAAGGUUUUCGCAGCCUGAAGGAAGGAGAAGCUGUUGAGUUCACUUUCAAGAAAUCUUCCAAGGGUUUGGAGUCUAUCCGAGUGACUGGUCCCGGGGGAGUGUUCUGUAUUGGCAGCGAGCGGAGACCAAAGGGCAAGAACCUCCAGAAGCGCCGGUCUAAAGGAGAUAGAUGUUACAACUGUGGUGGUCUGGAUCAUCAUGCCAAAGAAUGCAAGCUCCCACCUCAGCCAAAGAAAUGCCACUUCUGCCAAAGCAUUACCCACAUGGUUGCCAACUGCCCUGUCAAAAUGCAGCAGUCACCCAGUUCUCAGGGAAAGCCUGCCUACUUCCGGGAGGACGAAGAUAUGCACAGCUCACCCUUUCUUCCCGAAACCAGGGAAUGAUGCUGGGAAAUCAGUUGGAGCUACUGGAUCACUGGGGCUUCAGGGCAUCAAGUCAGCAAAGAAGGGGAAGCAAUGAACAACUUCUGCCUCCAGGUUUUGUGGGGGCAGGUACUGGACAAGGGGGCAGCAGCUUUUGAAUCUCUUAAGAAUUUGGCACAGGGGAAAAGGCCAGAAAGUUCAGACAAAACUGUUAUGUUGGUCCACAGCCCAUUUUCUGCUUCAGAGGAGGACUGUGAAUCUCCACCUAAAAUGUCAACUGGCCAAUUCAGCUUAUGUUGGGUGCUGUUUGUUUCCUGGAAUUCUCCUGUCUGCACAGCCCACAAUACCAAUUUUAAGCACAAGUGCUGUGAGUUUUGAGCCUUUCCUGGUAUUGUGUCUAACCCUAACCCAUUAGGUGAAAAAUCUGCUGCUCCCAUCCCUUACCUGCUUCCCUCACCUCUGCCUUUAAUUUAUUUUGCUCCCGUGGACAGCUGGACUUGCCGUGCGAGACACGGGAGGGCAUCCCUACCUGCUCUGAAGCCAACGUGAUAUAAAACCUGCACUCAGAUGUGCGCGAACGACGUAUCUGUGGGUUCGUUUUUCUUUAUCGUCCAUGUUUGUUGGAUUUUUUUAAAAAAUAUAAAUAUUCUGUUUUGUAUUUUUGUAUAUUUUAAUCUUUAAAGAGUUAAAGGAAGAAAAAAGAAAAGGACAUUACUGCAAUGUAUUCUCAGGUAUUCUCAAACAUCUCAGGGAUGGAAGGACCUCAGUAGCUUCUGGGGCUGGACAGAGUGGAAUCAUACAGUUUUAAAUUUGGGGCAUUGUAAAAUUGUACAGCACAAAGGAAAACUCUGCGUUUUUUAAAACUGUAGCUCCGUCUUGACAUCUGUUUGAUGUUUUUUUGAUGCUGCAUUUUAAACAGAAUCUUCUUCCCCCUCUAGUUGUGUUUGCAUGGAGACUGAAGAGCUGAGGGAGGGCUGCAUCCAGUAGGAAUUGUGUCCUGCGUGGUCAGUUCAAAUCCCCAUCCAUUUUAAAAGGGCUUAUGUAGGAUUGCUCCCUGCUGGAUCGUGUGCUUGGACUAUUCACUGGAUAAACAUUAAGUCUGAUUGCAGAGGGAAAUGCACAGCAAAGAGGCCUGAAGCUUGGAGAUUCGUGUUCCACUGGAGUUUGUUCCUUGACAAUAUCUCCACCCUUUCCCCUUCUAAACGUCCAUCCAUUCUUAAGACUUUCAACGUCUCUCUUGCUGUCUCUUCAUUGACUAGGCACAUUUCCAUCUCAUUUCUUCCCAUGCCAUAAUCCAGUUCUUCCACCCUUGUAAAAUCUUGGAAGGGUUGCUAUGGUUCUUCCCAAGGGUGAUCCUUCUGUCAGGCAAGGUGGGUCAACAGAUCUGAGCCACCGCUGGAGGGCGGCAGAGUGAGAAAGGAGGCCUCUUAAAUGCUGGGUGCCCACUCUGUUCGGUAAGUUCUUUGGCACAUUUCUCAUCAAAGCUAUCUGCUAAGGUAUUUUUCAGCUAUUUCCUUUCAAUGAGGUUUGCACUGGAGAAUUUGUAGAUGUCUAUAUUUGCUAGGGUGUAGUCUGCGUUUCCACCUUCAGUGUUCAAAGUGUUUUAGACCGCCUUUCUGUAUAAUCUCCACUGUCUCUCAUUCUGUGCCCAUGUUACUGGGGAAUUCCAGGUUUCUGGAGCAUCUUCUUGUAGUGAAACCUCAUUAAGAAUGUCUCAAGAGAAGUGAACUGUUGUAGCCAAAGACUUGCCAAUGAACGGCUCUUCGAAAUCUCAAGCUGCUUCAGCUGUAUCUCUUCCAUUUGUUCCUUUUCAUUCUUACCACUAUGGUAAGUCAGGACUUGCGGUUUUCUUGUUCUUGCUCAUGGAAGUUGUCCCCCCCCCUAAAAAGAACCUUCAGGUGGUAAUGCAGAAAUGUUGUCUUGACCUGCUGACACUUGGGUCCACCACUUCUACCAAGUGCAUUGUGAAACUGAGGGGGAGGGAAGGAAAGAGGAACCAGUGUUUCAAGAGUUCCCGUCAGCACUAUGCAGGAUGACUUUGCUCAGUGUAGGAUAGGAUAGUUGACAUAAGGGCUUUUCGAAUGCUACAGUGACACAUGCCAGGAACUCACUAGCUAGGCCCUUUCAAGAUGCAUGGUCACCCCGUGUGAGCAAUGGGCAAUAGACAUAUUUACCAUGUGUGUACAAUCUUGGUGCAUACAAACUGACCUGGAGUUUUCAGGGGGUCAUGUUGAGCCAUGUGGAGGCUACAUGCGCAUGGUAAAUACGCUUGUUGUCCCCUUCACACAACAUUGGGCCUGCGCUCAUCAGGAGGAUCGUAGAUUGUGUAUAUCCUGAUGUGAGUGGCUGGUUGGCUCCUGGGGUCGCAAUGUUUGAAAAGGGUUGUGGUGGACAGGAUCAGGGCUCAAUUUGUAGUAGGAGCUCCUUUGCAUAUUAGGUCACCCCCCCUGAUGUAGCCAAUCCUCCCAAGAAUUUACAGUAGGCCCUGCACUAAGAGCCCUGUAAGCUCUUGGAGGAUUGGCUACAUCAGGGGUGGCCUAAUAUGCAAAGAAGCUCCUGCUACAAAAUGAGCCCUGGACCAGGAUACAGGGAAAGCUGGUUUCCUUGAAUUUGAGACAAGAACGGAGAUUAGGGUAGAGUCAGAUCUUGUGAUUCGGAGCAACAAAGAUAGUCCUAACUGUCGGUGUGUACCUGAGUAAAGGAUUUUGAGAAGAAGCUUUAAAAGAGCGGGACUACUACAUCUGUGAUUUCUGAUGCAUUAGCCAACUGCCAUAUGGCCAAAUGUCCCCCCAAAACAUCAAGCCACUUCAAAUGUCUAGUGAUUUCCACUUCUAUAUGCACUGUUCUCCCCCCCCCCUUUUAAAAAAGGUUUUAUAGCUCACAUCAGAGUUCCAUGUGCUCUUCCUUGCUGUGCUGACUAUUAAUGUUUUUGCUAAAGAAGGAGUGCAGGCUCAGGAUCUGAAAUUAUUGGGAGUCACAAAGCCAAGCAAUCAAAUCUGAAAUAUUAAACUAUACUGGAUAUUCUGAUUUCUCUUGUUGGGGACACUGUUUCUCCCUCUCUGUUUUUUGCUUUAGAGGAGGAGAGAGUGGUGACAAGAUAUACCCAGGGCAUUAGUUCUGAAAUUGCAGUAGAAUUCUUUGUGUAUCUACCUCAGGAUAACUUCUCUGUGUCAAUGGGGCCAAAUGCAAUAGAAUGCAUUCACAAACAUGGCUUUCUCUGGGUUGACUGUAGGUAGGUUGAUUGUUCCCUAGGGUGUGAAUCAAAAGGUGAAAAUACUGCCCCUUCUAAUUUUGUAUCUUCUUUAAAGACUCGAAGUAGAAUUUCCCCCCACACCCUGGUCCCUUUCUUAGGAGUAUAGUAUGUGUAAAUAUCCUAGCGUAAAUCUUUCUGCUUUCUUUCCAGGUUCCUGUUGAUGAUUGUUUACAGAAUUUAAGGGGGGGAAAUAGCCAAAGUUAGCGAUAGGCAUUUGCAAGGGGGGGGGGGAGGCGGUUGUCCUCUGUCCCUCACCUCUUUGCAGCUUUGCCAUGUGAAAACUGGUGAUGUUCUCAAAAGCCCCCUUCCCAUCUCUUCCUAGGACCAAGGGGAUUGUUGGGCUUCUGAAAUGACAGUACUAGAUUGGCAAGUCAACACUGAGUGCGGGAGAGUUGUUUUCCCUAGCUCUCUUGCAAUACGGGUGAGGUUGGCUUGAUUGCAGCCUCUCUAAGCUUGGAACGUGUUAAAUCAGUCAUUCCAGGGAUUGUAAAUGGUGCCUAGAAUUCCUGCCCACUUGGUCUUGCAAAUAAAAUCACUGCUCGGAACAGGCAGUGUUUAGCCAGCAACGGACACUAUGCAUUAUGGGUAAACAGUGUGAAUGGCAAGCAGGUUAACAGCCCGCUUGCACUCAGGGUCACUGUGGACUGCUAGGAAGCACUGAAUGUAUUGGGGGGGAGGGGGGGCAAGGACUUAUUGAGUGACCGUGUGAUUGUGUAUUAGGAGACAAAACGAAUGUAACUCCGUGUUUACUGCUAGCAACCAAAGCUUGAUUUUGUGUCAAAUUCUUGAUUUUUUAAAAAAUGAAAUGUGUGGGGGGGUGAAUAAUAGGAUGUCUGUAUGGUGCUUUGUGUGUAUGGGGGAAUAAAAGGGAUCUUGUCUGGGCUGCUGGACUCUUGUCCAUGCAAGCAGCUUUCCUGCUGAUUUAUGUUGUGUGGUGAGUCCAAAAUCACUGCAUGUUUCUCUCUUACCCCCUCCUCCUGAUUUUCAUUCUUGUACCCAUUAUGGAAAAUGAUGGAACUUAAUAAAGAUUAUAAAUAAUGA